CGGUGCUUCUACUGCUCUCGGUCUCUAUUUGUUUUAUGGUUGAAAAAAGACAGAAUAUUGACAAACCCUUAAACUGGUUUUCAACCUCUUUGCAAUUGUAACUAGUGACUAACCCAAUUCCUCUCUUUACCUCCUUCCCACAUGGCCUCGAUUUCAGGAGCUGCCCAACGCCGAGAGCCCAGAUCCGGUGGCAAGAUGCUGCAUCCUCGGCGAACCAUGUCACGCACGACGCCUUACGACCGCUCCAGAUUGCUUAAUUCAACUCAGCAAAACCCUAAUUGGAUCUCCGGGCAUGUAUUUUCCCCUACUCGCGCUAUCGUCUCCGGUGCCACCAGAGUACUUUCCUCUGUUUUUGGCCUCGAAUCCUCCUCCUCCUCCUCUUCGUCUUCAGACCGUGAUUCAACUUCAGAUGACACUGGUGGUACAAAUUAUGGUCAGGAUGUCUCGAGUCAAGGGCUUAAUAACAUAGAACAUGGUGAGCCCCAAUCUUUUGCAGGAAAGAUUGAAACCAAGAGUCUUAUAGAGCAGCUUCUCAUGCAGGAGUCAUUCUCAAGGGAAGAGUGUGAUAAACUAACAAAUAUUAUUAAGUCAAGAGUUGUGGAAUCUCCAGUGACCAGAGGCAUGGGGCUUGAAAGGCUAAAUGAAACUGCUGACAGAGCAGAUGUUGAUAAUCAUGAUCUUUGUGGCACAGCUGUUAUAGAGGCAAAAAAAUGGUUAGAGGAGAAGAAGUCAGGAUCAAUUUCUAAGUCAGAAUUGCUCCACGGGACCUCUGCUCAGAAGUUUUUUACAUCGGCACAUAGCAUUGAAGGUGAAGCAGGAUCACCUGUGGACAUGGCCAAAACAUACAUGAGAACUCGUCCUCCAUGGGCAUCACCUGCUAUGAACAAUAUUGAAUUUAGGUCACCACGACCAUUUGGAGUGCCACUUUUCAAAGAAGAAACGCCAUAUUCAAUUGGGGGCAAGUACUCGUCCUCAUCCAAGUCGAAAAAGGAUUCUCCUGCCACUGGUUCAUGGAACAUCCAAGAGGAAAUACGAAAAGUGAGAUCUAAGGCAACAGAAGAAAUGCUGAGGACUCUAUCUUCCCCAAAAAUUGACUGGUCUUCGUUUGCGUUAGAACAGAAAAAUGCUCCUGAUCCUUUAGCUGCCAAAAACUUAGGCCCUGCUGAGGAAAAUAAUCCAGAUAGCUCUAAAAAAUCAGUAGAGGCAUCUGAAGUCUUGGCUACUAGACCAGCAUCACAGAUUCCAGAAGAUGCAUUAAACAGUGAUGCUUUACCAAUCACAGUAACUCUUGGUUGUGAAGAUUAUCAGGGUAUGGAAGCUGUUCAAAGCACCGAGAGAAAAAGAGGUGAGACACUGGAUGAGGGACAGAAACUUCAAUCAACGGUAGAUAUCAAAACUGCAUCUAAUAGUGAUGUUGUCGCUACUGAUGUCAAUCAUUUUAAGGACACCAAUGGGUCUAUCCUGCAGUUUGGUUCUCCUAUGGAAGAAACUGUACAGGACUCACAAAUAGAAGACAACCGUGUGACAUUAAAAGAAGUUGCCAAAACAGGCCGUGCUGAUGCUGCUGCAUCUACUGCCAAUGGAUUACCUUCAGGAUUCAGUAUGUCAGCUGUAGCGGAUAAAGAACAAAAUGAGGGACCAAUAAAUGAAGAAGAGAAUACAGUUGGUUCCGGGGAUGAGAAAGCAACAAGUGCGGAUGUGAAGGACAAGACUAAGCCGUUGAGUGAGGCUUCCCUAGAAGUGACAGUGGUAAAUGAAAACAAUGUUGCAGUAUCCAAUUCCCAGAACAGUUCAAGCAUGCUGCGUGAAGAUGAAGGUUUGCUAGAGCAGUUGAAUACACCAAAGUCAAAACGCAGCAUGGCAGGCAAGAGCAACACUGGCAUGGAGAAGCAGCUGGGAAAGAAAGUGAGCCGAAACACGAGGAGAACAAGGGGACGUGUCAGAUGAAAUAUAUUCUGCACUAAUGUUUUGCCCGUAGCUUAGUGUAAAAUGAAGUGUAAACAAGAAGGAUAAUAAUAUGGUAUGACCAUAUUAUUUGUACACUAUAUUUACCGAGUGCGGUGAUAACCCUUUUGUUUGUAACUACCCUGUUUUCAAGAUGGAGAUUAUUUAGGUAUCAGUCAGUCUGUGGUGUUCAGUUCAACUUAAGGAAUUGUUUUUUGUAUUUUCAUAAUCAUUGUAAACCAAAUCUUGAAUCUCUAGGAGUACCACUGGUUAAUGACCUUUUUUU